AUGGCGCGUGGCGGUGCACGCCCAGGCGCGAGAGGGGGAUCGCGUGGUCGAGGUCGAGGUCGUGGUGGUCACAGCAAUGGCAAUCAUGAAGAUUCAACAUGGCAGUUUGGCGAGAUGAAUGCACACCUUUCAGAGAAGAUUGGAGGCCGCCAUGCUACAUAUUCCAAUGAUCGCAAGCCCAACAUGUCAGGAGACCUGAACCUCGUUGUCAAUGCUGACAUCCGAAGCUAUGUUCAAAAGCAGGAUUCUAUCGUCAUCAAUGCCCCGGAGGGACACUGGACUAGCAAACCUGAGGUUCCCACCGUCGAUGAAAUCAUCCUCAACGGCAACAUCCCACAAAUUCUGCCUAACAAACGAUCAGGCGCUUGGAAAACUAAAGACAAGUACUUGAAGGCCCAUUACCAGCUUCUGCGUGAAGACGCCGUUGGACCACUACGCGAAGCUGUCGAAGACUUUCAAAAGAGUCCAGCUAUGAUGGACAACUACAAGAUUGCUAUCUAUGAGAAGGUCCACAUCAUUGGCUUUUGUUUCACGCACAUGGGCAUUGCCGCUCGAGUGCGAUUCUCGACACGCCGCGCACAGGCACGCAUCCUAUGGUCCGGCAGUAAGCGACUCGUCUCUGGGACCAUGGUCGCGCUCUGUCCGGCAAGCCAAGGCUUCAAAGAGAAGUGUAUCGUGGCUGUGGUGGCAGCCCGCCCGCUCGCCGGUGUUAAUCUUCCUGAGCCAGAGAUCGACUUGUUUUUCUUCAAUGCCGCGAGCAUGGAGAUUGACUCCCAGCAAGAAUGGAUUAUGAUCGAGUCCAAGUCAGGUUACUUCGAGGCACAUCGGCAUACAUUACGAGCUCUCCAGAAGAUGGAUCAGGAGCAAUUCUCUCAGUCAAAACAUCUCUGCCUUAUGGAUCGGGCAGUUCAACCUCCAGCAUAUCUGCAAGAAGAUCCAGUGGUCGAUCUCAGUCCAGUCUCUCGAAUGGAAUCGAAACCCGGUUACGGCAAGGUUGACAUCAUCAAUCACUGGCCUGGUCCUCAGGACAGUACAAUGGAUAGCACUCAGUGGGAGAGCCUGCAGGAGAUACUGACGAAAAGCCUUGCAGUCGUGCAAGGCCCGCCGGGAACUGGCAAGACUUAUGUUUCUAAAGUCGCGCUAGAAGUCCUUCUCCGAAACAUGAAAGAAGACGAUCCUCCGAUCAUAAUUGCGGCUCAGACAAACCACGCACUAGAUCAACUUCUGCGGUUUGUGUCUGGGUUCGAAUCUAAUUACAUACGACUUGGCGGCCGAAGCACUGAUAUUGAUAUCAAAAAGCGUGCUUUAUAUGAGAUUCGCAAGGAGCAGCGAAUCAAUCUGCUACCUGGGAGUCUCCUUGGCAGCGCGACGACCAAUUGUACCCAGCAAUCCAAAGCUCUCAUCAGAAUCCUUGCGCCAUUUCACCAGAAUCCAACCACCCCGCCCAGUGUUGAGGUAUUUCAGCAUGUGGGUGCGAUCACAGACAAGCAAGCCCACAGUCUUAUGGCUGGGUCUUCUCGUUGGAUCUCUGCAGAUGACGAACCUAUUGAGCCUUUGUCCCUCUGGGCUCAAGGUGCACUGACAGAGUUCGACUAUGGCUAUUCCGAGGAGCAAUUCGGCUUCGAUGAAGAGGAUGAGGAUCUCGAGAUCGAACAACUGCGCGAGCAGGAGGCCGAGACGGGAGUCAACGAUGCAGAGGAUGAGCAGGACAUUCUACAUGGCCAGUGGUGCUCUGUCGAGAAUCAUUGGACCGUGGCCACUCCUACGGAUACCGACAUCAGAGGAGCCACGGCCUUCCUCGACACUGUCGACGAUCUAUGGCGCCUCCCCGAAGGCAUACGCGGGGCAGUCUACUGGGUGAUGAUGCAGCGCCUCAAGGACUCUGUUCUGAACAGAUUCCGCGAGCAUGCAGAGUUCUACAACAAAAAUGUCCAAAAGCUCAAGAUUGGCAAAUGGGAACGCGAUGCAGUCUAUCUGUCGCAGACCAAGGUCAUUGGGUUGACUACGACGGGUCUUUCGAAGUAUCGGCCGCUGAUCUCGUCUCUAAAGCCCAAGAUCGUUCUCAUUGAAGAGGCUGCCGAAGUCCUUGAGGCCCCCAUAACUGUUGCGUGCAUGGAAAGCGUGCAGCAGCUCAUUCUGGUCGGCGAUCACGAACAGCUUCAGGGUCAUUGCGCAGUGCAUGAACUGCAAGGCGAGCCGUACAAUCUUGGCGUGUCCCUGUUCGAGCGACUCGUGCUCAAUGACAUGCCGUACACGACACUUCUUACUCAGCGUCGAAUGCAUCCAGACUUUCGGAAGUUGUUGAGUCCCAUCUAUCCAUCACUGCGGGACCACGAGACCGUCCUUCAGCGUCAAAAGCGAGAAUGGGUCAUGCCAAACAAGCCGAGCUAUUUCUUCGACCAUCGAUGGUAUGAGAGCAAAGAUGUCCGUAUGUCAAUCUUCAACGAACAAGAGGCAGCAUUUAUCGCAGGAUUCUACCGAUGGCUUGUGCUAAACGGCAUUCCGGUUACAGAGGUCACUAUCUUGACCUUAUACAACGGCCAGCGAAAGCGGAUACUCAAGGAAGUUCGGAGCUAUCCUGAGCUGGCACAAGUCUACAAUAGAGUGAAAACUGUUGAUUCAUACCAAGGAGAAGAAAACACAAUCGUCCUACUAUCAUUGGCUCGCCACAACGAUGAUAAUCAGAUUGGCUUUCUCCAGAAUCGCAACCGAGCCUGUGUCGCACUAUCUCGAGCCCGCGAAGGCUUCUACAUCUUCGGCUCCACCAAGGUUCUGGCAAAGGAAGACCUGUGGAUGAGCGUCGCGGCAAAGAUGAGAGCAGAUAAGCGACUGUCAUCAGUGAUGCCGCUAGUCUGCAGAAUGCAUGGCAAUCGUGUCAACGUGUCUCAACCAGAGGACUGGCCACCGGUUGGUGGCUGCCAGGAAGAGUGUACGCAAGUGUUGCCUUGUGGCCAUCCGUGUCAGCUGCACUGCCAUCCUUUCGGUCAUGACAAGGUGCACUGCCUAACGACCUGCGCAAAGACGCUCGUUUGUGGGCACAAGUGCGACCAGAAGUGCGCAGAAGAAUGCGAUUGCGCUUGUGAUGCUUUCGCAGAAGCUUGUCGUCUCGGCGCGCGGCGUGGCAUUGCUCUCUCAAAUGCGCGCCAGGUACAACAGGGAGUAAAUGCUGCGGGUGUGACCAAGUGGAUGGAUGGACAAUAUGUGUCUGGCGAAGAUCAUCCCGAAGGCAGUCUCUUCCACUUGCCAGAACAGAUGAAGCACCAUCCGGCGCAGGUAGGCCGACAGAUGAAUGGAGCCAUGAACCGGGACAUGAGGGUUGGUCCUGGAACUCAGUUGAGUCGCAGUCAAACAACUUCUGAUAGGGGCGGCAGUGAACACGAGUUUGACAUUCGUCGCAAGCAGCCGUCUCCUGCUAAGCAAGUCGAGCGCAAGCGAGAGUGGCAAGGUUUUGCACAAGGAGGUGCCAAACAGUCAGAUGAAAUGAGAGACGCCGAAUUCAUGCAAAAGGCCAAAUCUCUGAAGGCGACACGAAAGCAUGUCCAGCCAGGGCCUCGAAAUCAGACCAGCGUUGAAUUGGGGAACAACCGUCAGAAGUACACCGAGGACUUUGUGCCGGGUAGAGUGACAAUGGGUGGCGUUGUGGAUGGAGGUGCCGCCAGAAGUGGUGGGAUUGGGGAUGUGGACGAGCCACUCAUUGAGUUCGACUGA